CUUCGUAGGGCAUCAUUCAUCCCUGUGAACGAGACUUACCUACAACACCUAGCAACAUGUACAAGCUGUUGUCUUUCCUUGUAAUCUUGGCGGUUGCAUUCGCUGCGCCUGCCCCCGAGCCUGGCGCUAUCAUCCCUGGGCCGGCCCUGUACAAGGCCCCGCUCGCAUACGGCCCCGCGAUAGGAUACGCAGCCAUCCCCGCGGCCCCCGCGAUUCAAUACAACGCGCCUUACUACGCGGCGUACCCAGCGGCACAACUCCCUUACGGCAGGAUCUACUGAGGG